AUGUGUACAACUAGGGAUUCAACCUUAUUAAAUUCAGUCUAUCCAUGGCUACGAUUACCAUCGACACCUCAACUUCCACUUCCCCAUGCCGGCCAAUAUGCAUCUGUCAAUGGCAUCCGUAUAUGGUAUACGAUUUAUGGACCAGCUGAUGGCAUUCCCAUUCUCUUCCUUCAUGGUGGCUUCGCUAAUAGUGAUUAUUGGGGCUUACAAGUUCAACAACUUCAAUCCACUUACAAGUGUAUUCUGAUGGAUUCUCGAGGCCAAGGUCGAAGUCCAUCACCGUCGGCCAAUAUAACCUAUGAUCUGAUGACUUCGGAUGUUGUUGGUCUACUGGACUAUUUAAAUAUCAAUCGAAUCCAUCUAGUUGGCUGGAGUGAUGGGGCAAUUAUUGGCCUCAAUAUGGCAAUGAAAUAUCCUCGCAGAUUAAUCUCCUUAUUUGCAUUUGCAGCAAACUAUAACUCUUCCGGUGCGAAAGACAUUUCUGUAUCACCUGUCUUUCCUGUUUAUCUCACACGCAGUAAAUCCGAAUACGAACAACUGAGUCCAGUUAAAAACUAUCAGGAUUUGUACAAUAAUUUAACAACAAUGUGGUCUACUCUUCCGAAUUGGACAAAAACAGAUUUCAACAAGAUUCCCCAUGAUUUACCUGUGUGGAUCGUUGAUGGAGAUCAUGAAGAAGUCAUAAACAGAGAACAAACGGACACGAUGACUACUUGGAUCCAACAAGCUGGAGAAAUGAUCCUACCGAAAACUAGCCAUUUCGCGUUCAUUCAAGAUCCGAUAAACUUUACUGCUGCUGUGGCAAGAUUCUUGACUGAAACGUAG